UAUCGUAUACGUCCUAUUUAAACGAUCAGUCAGAUUGUGAUCGUUGAAGAGUGAUAACAGAAAUAGUUCUCUGAAAAAAAUUAAUAAAAAUUUAUGAUAUUGACAUUUGACCAAUUGAUUGCCGCCUUCUUGAGAAAUCAUAACGACCUCUGGAACUCUGGCAUUGAAAGUUUUGAGGAAACUUCUUUACUGGAUUCAACAGGAAUCAAUAGGAUCGCUGCAAUUUAAAAUGCUUUUGAAGUUAAAAAUCAAUUAUUAUUACGAAAAUAUACAUCUUUUUAUUCGAUUCGGAAAGAAAUGAGAUACAUUCAGAAAGAGUUAAGUGGGGGGUCAUUCGGAAACAUUCGGCGACAUUCGGAAAUGAUUGGAACGAAGUCGGAGAGUGGGACCACGAAGGCUUAAUAAGGAGUACUAUCCCUAUGUUCUUAUACGUCUUUGGCCUUUUACCAAUUUUAUUCGGUGAUACUACUCAAGCUAGUGUGCUCGUAGCAGAUAUGACAAUGUCCAGGAUGGUAGAAUUAAAUGCAGAAGCUCCAUUCUGCACCCUUUACACCGAUAGAGGAGUUAUCCAACGAAUGGUAUUGGGAACAGACCCAAAGAAAGUCAGACAAAUGUCAAACAAACUUGUAUCAGACCUUGAGAACAGUUGCAGGCAGUCUUUCCUCGAUGACAAGAACGACAGACGCGGACUAAUUUAUCCAGGAACGAAAUGGUGUGGCCCGGGGAAUAUUGCUACUUCUUACAAUGACCUUAGUCAACAUGCAGCUGAGGAUGCUUGUUGUAGGGAACACGAUCAUUGUCCGAUGAUUAUAGGCCCUCGGCAGUGCAUCCAGGGACUUUGCAAUGAUUCUCCAUUAACUCGCUCCCAUUGUGACUGUGAUGCCAAAUUUCGAAGAUGUCUACAAAAUUUGAACACCGAGGUCGCAAACACCUUAGGCGCUCUCUUCUUCAACGUCAUACAAGUCACUUGCUUCAAAGAGCGACGACCUUGCUCUCAAUGGCAGAAAAAUGGGUACCGAGAAUCGGAGUCCGAUCGACUAUGUUCGCAGUACAAAUUUCGCCCCAGCGAUAAAUACGUACCACUCAUGCCACUCAAUUUCAACCUAUGAAUUCGAAAGCAGCAGCGAAAUGGGCCCGAAAGUCGUUAAUAAAGUGUUUUUUAUUUUAAUAUUUGCACUUGAUAACGUCUUUUCCAUUUCCAGCUGCAACGGAUAACUCAAUUUCGCACAGGAUUCCUACGAAAUUAUAGCCACAACUUUACUGAAUUCAAUAAGGAGAAGAUAGAUGAAGAAUUGUAUCUUUAUAACUUGUGAUUUUUACGAAAUUUCCCGAUUGAAAAUAACAAUUGGAACAACGAAACUAAGCUCAAGAGUAGUAUUUAUUAUAGACAUUUCGGAUAGAAAUGAAGACACGUGAACAAAUUUUAAUGAAGAGCUAAACCACCUAGAACAUCUAGGUAAUUAUUUCAGUUUUUAAAGCAUUAAUAAUUAAUUUAUAUCAAGAUGUAUCUAAAUUCUUUUUCUAAAAAUAAUAUACCAAUUUUUCUAAGGAAUAUUUUUUAAGUUAUAUGCCUCUGAUUUCCUGGUAGUUUAAAACUUUUAUUAAAAUUUCACACUGAUAUCAAAAUGUAGUUAACGUGUCAAUGCGCUGAUCCUCACAUGUAUCUUGUAAUGGAUGUGAUAAUGCAGGCUAAGAUAUUUUGUGUACCAUUGAAUCUUUGAAGAGAUUUCAAAUACUCAGUCGUUUCACCGGGACUUAAAAAGGAAUUGUAAAAGAAUCAAGAAAUAUUCAGUAGUUAUUCCAUUUCAGUUCAACUGAGAUUAGUUCAAUCACUGUUGAAUAAAUAUAGAAUACAUUCUAAUUUGUUUCUAUCAUUGAAAGUAAUGCACAUCUAGGAUAAUGUAUGAAAGAAUAAGUAUUUAUAAUACUUCACUAUAUAGAAAGGUCAACUACAGCCAAAUAAAAUAAAUGUAUCAUCGAUUAUAUUCAUGGUACGUGUACUAUUAUUUAAAAAGCUGAGAUUUUAUUCUCUUAGGUGAUAUUAAGUUUUGAUAGUUCUUUUUAUAGCUCGGCAGUAGCUUCUGCAAACGAUAAUAUCAAAAGUAAAUACAUAUUUUCAGAUGACACCCUUUACUACUGAUAAAUUUUAUUUAGGAAGCAUUAUCCGUGAAGGUCAAUUAUAUUUGGAUUUUCUGAAAUACAAAAGUACAAUUUUUUUUAUUUAGUUAAACGCUUUUUAAAUGCAUGUCAAAUGUAAAAUCUCUGUUUAGCCAUUCCAUAUAGUGGACAGCCUAGGGGAACUUUGGAACUCUACAAACUAAACAAAUAGAUAUCACAUAAGUCGUGUUUGUAUUUUUAGAGCUUUUGACAGAAUUUCUAAUUUUAAACAUUAAAUACGCAGUUUUCUUGCUCAUCACUAUUCAAAAUUCCAAUAUAACGCUCCUUCAUUCAUACCUCAGGUUGAGCUUGGUUUGAGGUGUUUAUGACAGCCCUGAUAGGGGCCAUACAUAU